AUGGAUGAUGAAGCUUUGGUCUGGUUCCAGAAUGCCAGUGAGGCAGGAACCUUUCACUCUUGGGAGGACUUCAUCAAAGCUGUUCAGAUUCGAUUUGGAUCUACUCCAUACGAUGAUCCAAUGGAGUCAAUUACUCAACUUAAGCACUACAAAGCUGAAUUUGAGAUUCUUUCCAAUUGUAUUAAUGCCAAAAUUCAAGAACAAUAUGUGGUGAGUAUAAGGAAGCCUUGGAGAAAUUCACUUAUUGAUUUGAGUAAGUUUAGUCCAAAGUCGAGUCUGUUGAAGUCUGGACAAACUCCUUCAAUUUUAGGAACACCGAGGGUUCCACUUUUAGCUACGCUUCCUUAUCAUAAGGUUUCUGAGUCUCAAAUGGUGGAAAGUUGUGAAAUGGAUGCUGAUGUUAGUGGUGAAGUGGCUGUUGAGCUUAUGGAAGUUGAAGCUGAGAUAGCUUCUAUCUCAUUUCAACCUAUGGUAGGAGUUGGGGGACCUAAGACAAUGAGACUUUUUGCUUAUAUUGGCAAGAAAAAGUUGGUGAUUUUAAUUGACACUGGCAUUACACAUAAUUUUGUGGAUACUACAGUGGCUGCUCAAUGUAAGUUGCAUGUGCAAUUGGGCCAGACUAUUUGUGUUAAGGUGGCUAAUGGUCAGCUUAUUGAUAGUACUGGAAAAUGUAGGGUUGUGCACUUGUUCAUUCAGGGUAUACCAUUCAUAGUUGAUUUUUUCACUCUUCCUUUGGGAGGAUGUGAUCCAAUUCUUGGCAUCCAAUGCAAAGGAUUCUUUAUGCAGUUAGUUGCUUGUGACUCCAUUGAGUCUUCAACUUUGCAAGAUGAACAAGUGCAGCAGCUUUUACAACAGUAUAAGGAUGUUUUUGAUGAACCUACUGGGUUGCCACCCAAUAGAUCCCAUGAUCACAAGAUUAACUUGAAGCAGGGAACUUCUCGUAUUACUGUUAAGCCCUAUAGACAUCCAUUUUUUCAGAAAACAGAAAUUGAAAAUAUUUUUAAAGAGCUCUUAAAUUCUGGAGUUAUUAGGCCUAGUCAAUCACCAUUCUCCUCUCUUAUUUUGCUAGUCAGGAAGUCUGAUAGCACAUGGAGAAUGUGCAUUGAUUAUAGGGCCUUAAAUGAAGUCAUUAUCAAAGACAAAUACCUCAUUCCUGUUGUGGAUGAGCUCCUAGAUGAACUUUCAAGUUCUACAAUUUUUUCUAAAUUGGAUCUUAGGGCAAGUUAUCAUCAAAUACGCAUGAGGGAUGAGGAUGUUCAUAAGACUGCUUUCAGAACUCAUGAAGGGCAUUAUGAGUUCCUUGUAAUGCCUUUUGGUCUUACUAAUGCCCCUUCAACUUUUCAAGGCCUUAUGAAUGAACAUCAUCAACUUUAUGCUAAGCAGUCGAAGUGUAGGUUUGCAUGCCAGGAAAUAGAGUAUUUGGGGCAUCUGAUUUCAAAAGAGGGAGUGAGGGCAGAUCCUAGAAAAUUGGAGUCUAUGGUUACUUGGCCAAUACCUAAAAACCUGAAGUCAUUAAGAGCUUUUUUAGGUUUGAUAGAUUCUGCUACUAAGCCUUUUAAUGACUUGAAAGUUGUUGUCACAUGCCCUCUUGUUCUUGCCCUACCUGAUUUCACCAAAGCAUUUGUCACUGAAUGUGAUGCUUGUGCAACUGGUGUAGGAGCAGUUUUGAUGCAAGACCAAAGACCCUUAGCCUUUUUAAGUCAGGCUUUGAAGGGAAAAAAUUUAGCUCUUUCCACUUAUGAAAAAGAGUUCCUAGCCUUAGUACUAGCUGUUAAGAAAUGGAGGUCAUACCUUUUGGGAAGCGCUUUUGUGGGUGUGGAGAACAAGGUGGCUGAUGCCUUGUCUCGCAAAGAUCAAGUUGAUGAACUUAGGGAAUUGGCAGCUUUAUCAUACCCUACACUAGCAUGGCUCUCAGAAUUAAAAAUUUUGAAUUACUUGCACUCUAUUCCUGUUGCUGGUCAUUCUGAUUUUCACAAGUGUCUGCACAGAGCAAGACUAGAAUUUUAUUGGCCUGGUCUCAAGCAUGAUGUAAAGCACAUUCGUGAAUGUGAAACCUGUCAAAGGAAUAAGAUCCAAAAUGUCAUUCUAGCUGGGUUUUUACAGCCCUUACCUAUUCCUGAGCAAAUAUGGACUGACCUCUCAAUGGAUUUUGUUGAAGGGUUGCCCAUUUUGAGAGGGUAUUCUGUCAUUUUGGUUGUAGUGGACAGAUUAUCAAAGUAUGCCCAUUUUAUGCCUUUGAAACAUCCAUUUACAGCUGCUCAAGUGGCUUCACUGUUCUUCAAUAAUGUUUUUAAGUUGCAUGGAUUACCUAAAACCAUUGUUUCUGAUUAUGGCUCAAUAUUUACUAGUUCAUUUUGGAAAGAACUUUUUAGAUUGCAGGGAGUUAAUCUUUCUUAUUCUUCAGCCUAUCACCCUCAAAGUGAUGGCCAAACAGAAGCCGUCAACAAGUGUCUUGAACACUUUCUGAGGUCUUUUUCUGGUGACAAACCAAAGUUAUGGGUGGAUUGGCUUUCAUUGGCUGAAUGGUGGUAUAACCCCACAUUCCAUACUUCCACAAAGCUAACUCCAUUUGAAGUUGUUUAUAGGGUUCCUCCAACUAGGCUUCAAGCCUAUAUUCCUGGUUUGACAAAUCAGAUAGUGGAUCAGUUAUUGCAAACUCGAGAACAAAUUCUUCUUACACUUAAAUCCAAUUUAUCUCUGGCUCAAGAUAGAAUGAAGUUUUAUUAUGACAAGCAUAGGACUAACAAGGAAUUUUCUAUGGGGGAUUGGAGGACAUUGCAAAGACUAAUUGGUCUGAAGUCUGAAACAAACAAGGGGGAGUUCUUUUUGGGAAUUAAGGCAAUGAAGGUAUUGUUAAUGGCCUAA